CGGAGCGGCGGUGCGGCGGUGCGGUGAGAAUUCUAAUGGGCGUUCUCAGGCGGUGGAUUCUUCCGCUGCUUUUCGUGCUCGUCUCCGUCCUCCUCUACUUCAAAACCUCUCACAAGGUUUCGGUGCUGCAGAUUUUUAAUUUCUCCUCGCCCUUCUUCUACUUUUUCUAUGAAAUUCAGGCGAAUGGCGGUUGCAGCCUUUUGUCCCAUGAUGAGUUCUGGAUUCGCAGCAAUCGCAUUGUUACUCCUGAAGGUGUCUUUGCUGGCGCAGUUGAGGUAAAGGGUGGGAGAAUCGCCUCGGUGGUUAGCGAUGAUUAUAGCGGCGGGCAGUUUGCUGGAGGUUAUGUGGUGGACUAUGGAAAUGCUGUUGUCAUGCCUGGAUUUGUUGAUAUACAUGUUCAUCUUGAUGAGCCUGGAAGGACCGAGUGGGAGGGCUUUUCUGCAGGGACGAAGGCAGCAGCUGCUGGUGGCGUAACAACCUUAAUUGACAUGCCUCUUAACAGUUUUCCUGUCACAGUGACCGAGGAAGCAUUGAAACUUAAGGUCGAGGCAGCUCGAGAGAAAAUCUAUGUUGAUGUUGGUUUCUGGGGUGGUCUUGUACCAGAGAAUGCCUUAAAUACAACUAUUUUGGAUAGACUUCUGAGAGCUGGUGUACUUGGGCUAAAGUCAUUUAUGUUGCCUUCUGGAAUUAAUGAUUUUCCCAUGACAAACAUAACACAUAUCAAGGAAGGGUUGUAUACCUUAGCCAAGUAUAAAAGACCUCUGCUCGUCCAUGCAGAGGUUAAUCCUAAUAGUGAUGGUGAUGGUGAAACUAUCGAUGCCGCUUCAGAUCCUAGGUCCUAUUCAACUUAUCUUAAGACAAGGCCAGCAUCCUGGGAGAUAGAAGCUAUUAGUGAGCUGAGAACAGCAAUGGAAGAGACAAAAGUAGGUGGUCCGGCAGAAGGUGCUCAUGUUCACAUUGUGCAUUUGUCAGAUGCUGGAACUUCACUAAACCUCAUCAAGGAAGCCAAAAGUUCUGGGGCUAGUGUCAGUGUAGAAACGUGUGCACACUACUUGGCAUUCUCGGCAGAGGAGAUUAAAGAUGGUGAUACUCGAUUCAAAUGCGCUCCUCCUAUACGUGAUGAAGCAAAUCGGCAAAAGUUGCGAGAGGCUCUGCUGGAGGGGGACAUCGACAUGUUGAGUUCUGACCAUUCACCAACAACACCAGAGCUCAAACUUCUUAAGGAAGGUGAUUUCUUAAGGGCAUGGGGAGGAGUAUCUUCUUUGCAGUUUGAUCUUCCCGCUACUUGGCAUUAUGGAAAAACUUAUGGUUUGACAUUGAGGCAGUUGGUUAAAUAUUGGAGCGAGAGACCAGCUAAAUUUGCAGGCCAAGAACACAAGGGGGCCAUUUUGCCUGGAAAAGAUGCUGACUUUGUGGUUUGGGAUCCUGAAGUGGAAUUUGAGCUUGACGGUAGCUAUAAAACAUUCAGUAAACAUCCGAAUAUUUCAGCCUACAUGGGAAAAACACUUUCAGGAAAAGUAUUGGCUACUUUUGUCAGGGGAAAUCUUGUAUUCAGUGAUGGAAUACAUUCCCCAAACCCCUGCGGUGAAACAAUCCUUGCCAAAUAGACUUGCAGCCACAACUUUAUUGUCCAGUAAGACCAAAAAUAAAGCAGAGCAGGAAAGCUGAAUCAACGUAUUAUUACUCUGACAGGUAUG